UUUACAAAAGUUCAAACCCCCUUGCUUUUAAUACAUUAAAAAACAAUGGAAAACAUUAUUUAUGGUUUAGAAUAUAAUGCGAGAUCAUUAACAACGCAACAAGAUGCUGAAGAAAUUCGAUUCUUUAUCGGAACACAAAUCAUCAAUGGCAAGAAUCAAGUGCAUAUGGUAGAAGUUGAUGAAGAAAAUAAUAAGUUACAUGCAAAAAUAUUUUCACAUGAAUAUGGCGAGAUUUGGAAGCUUACAAGUUGUCCAAAUGAUAAACUUGUAGCGUCGGUCUACACAACAAAUAAAAGACCAGAAAUGUUAAUGCAAAGUGCAAUAUUUCGAAUUCCUGAUACUUCUGAAAUGAUGGAUCCAUCUAAAGAGUAUCUUGAGUUUGCUGACGUUGAGAUACUUGAUACUGAAAAGUUUGGAUCGGAAAUUAAAACCACAGAAUUUCAUCCUUCAAAUACGAGUCUCGCUUCAAUUGUUGAUGGUAAAAUUUUAAUAUUUAACCGAACAGAAUCAAAAAGUCAAGUUGUAACUGAAAUUACUGGAAAGAAACUUAAUGGCGGAAUGUGGGCAAAUGCUAAUCAAUUUGUAGCUCUCUUUGAAAAUGGAAUCAGAGCAUAUGAUGUGCGUGAUCCUAAUCAUAUUUCAUGGCAAAUCGAUGAAGCCCACACUCAACCUGUUCGUGACAUUGACGUAAACCCCAAUAAAGCAUUUCACAUUGCAACAGCAGGCGAUGAUGCGAUUUUAAAAAUAUUUGAUGUGAGAAAUACAAAAGAGCCAGUGUUUCAACGACGAGAUCAUUUACAUUGGAUUUUCAGCGUAACAUUCAACAAAUUUCACGAUCAACUGAUUCUCACAAGCAGUUCAGAUGGAAAAGUUCUUCUUACUUGUGCUAACUCUUGCAGUUCUGAAGCACCUUCACAUCAACUUAAACAAACAUUAGCAAAGGAAUCGUCACCUGAAGAAGAUGAUGAAUUUCACCCGAAGACUGACAAGACACUCAAUGAUGGUCUUCUUGAAACAUUCGAACAACAUGAAGAAAGUGUUUAUUGUGUUGAAUGGAGUGCAGCAGAUCCUUGGCUCUUCGCUUCAUUAAGUUACGAUGGACGACUCAUCAUUUCACGCAUUCCUAAAAAAUAUAAAUAUAAAAUUCUUCUUUAACUUUUAACUUUUAACUCUUCCCACUUGUGUGAUUCAUUUUUGACAGAGCAAAAGAAGAAAAUUAUAAAUAAAAUGUAUGCUUUGAAACUAUAAAACCAAAA